AUGAGGCUGUUUUUUGAGGCAGCAGUUCUGUGCCUGGGCCUGGGCUUAGGGCAAUGCACUGAGGAAACAGCACAGGAGAACAUCGUCCACCACGCUCCCCCAACGGAGUCAUCCUCUUCAGACUGGGGCAUCGGGGCCAUCCGGGACAGCUUCGAAGCAGUCAACAGCUACUUUGACUCCUUCUUGGAACUGCUUGGGGGGAAAAAUGGUGUUUGUCAGUACAGAUGUCGAUAUGGGAAGGCUCCAAUGCCACGACCUCAAUACAAACCUCAAGAACCAAAUGGCUGCAGCUCCUAUUUUCUGGGGCUCAAGGUACCCGAAAGUUUAGAUUUGGGCAUCCCUGCCAUGACCAAGUGUUGCAACCAGCUGGACAUCUGUUACGACACCUGCGGGGCCAACAAAUACCGCUGCGAUGCCAAGUUCCGCUGGUGCCUCCACUCCAUCUGCUCGGACCUCAAGCGCAGCCUCGGGUUCGUCUCCAAGGUGGAAGCUUGUGAAUCCGUCGCAGAUACAGUGUUCAACGCUGUCUGGACCCUGGGCUGCCGGCCCUUCAUGAACAGCCAAAGGAGCGCCUGCAUUUGCAACGAGGAAGAACGAGAUGAAUUGUGAAGAGCAGCAGAUCCCCCUGGCCUCCGUGAGCUUGCUGCCAAGCGUCCCCUCUCAGAUACAGCACUUCAGCACGCUGCUUUCUAUCAGCCCUCUGGCCUAGCGCACGAUGUGGGGGACCUGGGCGAGCAAUAUGCAUUGGCUACAGCUUUCAGGUAGAGGGCUGUGAAAGGGGAGACAGUCUAUGGAAAUUAGGCAGUGAUGCCUGCUGUCCACCACAGAUGCAGUCCAACAGCCCUUUCCCGUUCCAGGUCUAUCAGCUUGAAUGAUCUGAAUGCCAGUUUUCUCUACGGACUGAUCAGAGAGGCAAGCAGAAUGCAGCACUGGUUAUAAACAAGGGGCUUUGCUUGUUUGUUGGCCUCAGACACACGUGUAUUAGCUCCCCCUGCCCCUUAACUUUCUAAUUUGUAAUACAAUGCACGAGGUUUCUGCAACCCUUGAAAACCCCAGUCCAUGACCACACUAUACAAACAUUUCGAUCACUAGUGACAGACUGAAGAGGAUGGAUAAUUUAUUCUCAGUAUGUUGCUCACACCCAUCCUUGACAUUUUCCAUCCCGUCAUUACACACCCUGACAACCCUGCUUGCUUAAGUACUUGACGUAUCCUAAAACAAUUUAAAACAUCCAGGGAUUUGGUAAACGUGGAAAGGGAUUUAAAUAGCUGUGAUAUGGCCACAUAUCUUAUCUGGGCAGAAGGGGACCAAAGCCCAUCUGGUCUGAGAUCUGAAAUGCAGUAAUUCACAGCAUCUCAGGCACACCUAUAGGACUCUCCCACAGUCUCAGGAAAGGCAGCUGCUUUUCAUUUUCAGUCUCAUCCAGAUACAAACUGCAUGUUUAAUUAUUUCCCUCCUUUACCAUUUAACAAAGUUUCUCCCUUAGGUUCUCCUUUUUUACACAAAACAGUUGGGUGUCAUCCUCCGUCUUUUGCAGAAAGGGAACAGGAGGCUCACAGUUGCACUGGAUGAGAUUUUCAAAAUCCUGGAGGCUUAUCUGUCAGAUGGCAGAGCUUAUUUGCUACCUCUGUGCGGCAAAGACCGCCAGCUGAAGAGUGACGAGCAGUUUCAGACUUCAUUCUCUUUAAAAUGUGGUUAAUAUUUCCAUCUGUUAUCAGGAGCUUUUAUUUCAUAUAAAAUUAGAAUUUAAAGUGGUAUUUAGAAACUCAUCUACAUAUAACAUUUGCAGACAGCUUUCAUCUGUGUUUCUUGUUGAAAGGAAGUCACUACUGGGUACCCGUGCCAUGCCACAUAAAUACUUCAGCAUCUCUUGCAAACAUAUUUAUGGUUAUGUUCUUCCAUCUGCCACAGAAAAGUUGAGGCUACAGAAGGGUAAUUUAAAAAAAAUGAAAAGAGUCUGUUUUAGUUACUUUUCUUCUACUUGAUGUGUUUAAAUGAAUGCAUGGAGCUAUAAAUUAUUUAAGCCCUGUAUUCCUUUUCUUGCCAGUCAUCUUUGCUUUAUGGUGAACAGUGAUGAGACAUUCAUCUCAUCCCAAAUAGAAUGAAACAACAGGAAUAUCGAUAUGAAAAUAGGAAAAUAAAAAUGAUCACACAAGGUGUACUGGGAUGUUUUCCAUUAAGGAAGACCUUAAUUUCCAUCGAUGGGAUGCAACGACAUCCUUUCCUAGCUAUGCUAACUCCCCUGGAGAGUGAAUACUGCAAUGCCAAGCUCCACCACAGCAUGUGUCUAUCAGAGCUGGACAGACAAUCUGAUCAUCUGCUUAAGAAAUAUGUAUUUUUGGCUUGGAAGGGGAAGGAAAUGUUCCUCGUUCCAGACUUUUUCCAAACUUUGUAUUUUGUUGAUGAAAUGGUACCUGUUGUCAGUUUGAAAUGUGAGCAUACUCUUAUGAUUAAAUCAUACAAUUUAAAAA